ACUCGGACUGACUGACCCCCCGCCCCAACCCCCGCCCGGCCGCUCGGUUAAAUGGCGGCCACCACUAACACCUCGCAGCCGCCGCCGGCGUCACAGGUGGACUCGGUCCCGGUGUCGGCGGCCUCGGCGGACGAGGUGACGGCCAAGGCGGUGAACAAGCGCUACGAGGGGCUGGUCAUGGUACGGACCAAGGCCAUCAAGGGGAAGGGCGCGUGGUACUGGGCGCACCUCGAGCCCAUGCUCGUCCACAACGCCGACACCGGCCUCGCCAAGGCCGUGAAGCUCCGGUGCUCCCUCUGCGAGGCCGUCUUCUCCGCCUCCAACCCGUCGCGGACCGCCUCCGAGCACCUCAAGCGCGGCACCUGCCCCAACUUCUCCUCCGUCCCCAAGCCCAUUUCCUCCAUCUCCCCCUCCGGCACCCCCGUGGUCACCCCGCCGCAGCCGUCCUCCUCGGCCGCCGCUUCCGGCGGCGGCGGCGGCGGCGGCCACCGCAAGCGCAGCAGCUCCUCCUCCGCCCGCGCCGUGCACUCCUACGAGGUGUCCCCGCUCGCGAUAGUGGAUCCGACCCGGUUCUGCCCCGACUACAGCCCCACGACGACUGUGGUCCCUCCUCAUCAUCAGCAUCAGCAACAGCACCACCAUCAGCAUCAUCAGCAGCAGCAUUUGGUCUUGUCAGGUGGGAAGGAGGAUUUCGGGGCCUUGGCCAUGUUGGAGGACAGCGUCAAGAAGCUCAAGAGCCCCAAGACCUCGCCGAGCCCGACCCUGAGCAAGACCCAGAUUGACGCCGCCCUCGAUCUCAUGGUGGAUUGGGUGUACGAGUCUUGCGGGUCGGUCUCGUUCUCGAGCUUCGAGCAACCCAAGUUCCGAGCUUUCCUCAGCCAGGUGGGCUUGCCUGCGGUCUCGAGGAGGGACUUCACGGGUUCGAGGCUGGACGUCAAGUACGAGGAAGCCAAGGUCGAGUCGGAAGUGAGGAUCAAGGACGCCAUGUUCUUUCAGGUGGCGUCGGAAGGGUGGAGGUACCGGGAUUAUGGAGGGUUUAGCGAGGAGAAUUUAGUGAAUUUGACUGUUAAUCUGCCUAAUGGGACGAGCGUGUAUCGGCGGGCGCUGUUCGUUAGUGGCUCGGUGCCUUCUAAGUAUGCGGAGGAGGUCCUGUGGGAGACGGUGAACGGGAUUUGCGGUAAUGCGGUUCACCAGUGCGUCGGGAUUGUCGCCGAUAGGUUCAAGGCCAAGGCGUUGCAGAAUCUGGAGGAUCAGAAUCCGUGGAUGGUCAAUGUUUGCUGUCAGGUGCAGGGAUUGAGUAGCUUGAUCAAGGACUUCAGCAGGGAGCUUCCUUUGUUCAAGAACGUCACCCAGAAUUGCUUGAAGCUCGCUAAAUUCAUCAACAACAGCGGCCAAGUUAGGAAAAGCUUCCACAAGUAUCAGAUGCAGGAGUAUGGCCACGGCGGGUUAUUGAGAGUCCCGUCGCAGGGUUACGAAAAUCUGACCUUUGGCAUUGGGCCUGUUUAUAUAAUGCUGGAAGACAUAUUGAAUUCGUCUCGGGCGUUGCAGUUAGUUUCGUUGGAUGAGUCGUACAAGAUGAUGUCCAUGGAGGAGCCGGUCGCAGGGGAAGUGGCCGAGAUGAUUCAGGAAAUGGGGUUCUGGAAUGAAGUGGAGGCAAUGCACUCGUUGAUCAAGCUAGUGAAGAGCAUGGCAAGAGAGAUUGAAACGGAGAGGCCAUUGAUUGGGCAAUGCCUCCCGCUCUGGAAUGAUCUCCGUUCCAAAGUGAAAGGUUGGUGCUCGAAGUACCACAUUGCGGAGGGACUGAUCGAGAAAAUAAUCGAUAGACGGUUCGACAAGAACUACCACCCGGCCUGGGCUGCGGCAUUCGUUCUCGACCCCCUGUAUUUGAUUAGGGAUACCAGCGGAAAGUACCUCCCUCCAUUCAAGUGCUUGACACCUGAGCAAGAGAAGGAUGUGGAUAAGCUCAUAACUCGGCUCGUGUCGAGGGAAGAGGCGCACAUUGCCUUAAUGGAGCUCAUGAAGUGGAGGACGAUGGGGCUCGAUCCGGUAUAUGCGAAAGCGGUGCAGAUGAAGGAGCGCGAUCCUCUCACCGGAAAGAUGAGGAUCGUCAACCCUCAGAGCAGUCGGUUGGUGUGGGAAACUCACCUCACCGAGUUCAAGUCGCUCGGGAAGGUCGCGGUUAGGCUAAUAUUUCUCCACGCGACUUCUUGCGGGUUCAAAUGCAAUUCGUCCUUCUUGAGAUGGGUGUCCUCCCAUGGGCACUCGAGGGAAGGCAUCGAGAGGGCUCAAAAGCUGAUAUUUAUCGCCGCUCAUUCCAAACUCGAGAGGAGGGAUUUCUCGAGCGACGAAGAUAAGGACGCGGAGCUAUUUGCAUUGGCAAAUGGGCCACGGCUGCCCGGUUCACCAGAAUGGAUGGCCGUGUAGCAAGAUCACCUCAAUAUCCAACCUUAGGGGCACAUCAAUUUUUGCACCCGAUUCAUGCGAUCAUGCGAAUUCGCCAGAGCUCACCAAUUUGACUCUCUGAUUCAGCUGGCUCAUCAAUGUCACUUGACCACUUUCACAGGACAGAUGAAGAGAGCUCACCAAUUUUAUUCCCGUUUAGGCAUCUUGCCGUGCCUGCAAAUGUCUGUCUCACCCUGGUUUGAAAAUCCAUUCCAGAGUCAAUGGAGCUCUUGAAUUGGACUCCGGAUUCCAGCGCGUGAAUUAUUUCCAUUGUCUUUGCUCUGCUCAAUGUUGCCUUGUGAGCUUGUGGCAUCUUCUUCUGUUAUUUUCCUAGCCUGAGGCAAACAAGCACAAGGGACGGUUUCCCACGUACCGACGCGUCCGAGUUUGUGGUAUUGAGCAGGAGCAGAGCGCGUGCUAAUUAUCUUUUUGACUACAAAUAAGAUCUAUCGGAGCGUCUCGCUCUUGAGAAACAGUGGAUUCUACUACUUACCGUUCAAAAGACAGGUUGUUAAGGAUUUGAAAACAUAUGCUCGAAGCCUCAUCAUUGUGCCUUUGAAGGGUUACAAAAGCCCUGUUCCUAGUUAGCACUUGUAAGUUGUCAUGAAAGAUUCUGAUGAAUUUAAGCUGAAUGACUAUGAAUGCCGAUAAAACCCAACUCCCCUUUUUUUCUGGUGACAAAGCCGUUCGACAAAGAUAUCGUGGUCGACGCGCUGAAGAGACCGCCAUGAGAGGAGGUUGUUGAGCUGGGGAGGUCGUCGGAUGCAAUGAUUAGAAGAGGAUCCAAGGAUUUGGGUGAUUCUUAACUCGGGCAAGAAACCAAGUUCGUUUGGUCAACUGCACUUGGAAGGACCCAAGGACACAACAGAGCAGCGAGGCUCUUUUUCGAGCUGGAAAAUCACUCACUAACUGUUUUUCCUCUCUCGUCGUCAUCAUCCAUAUCACCUGGUUUUUGGGUCCGUGGGAGAGAGCGAAGGGACCCGCCAUGAAGAAGUGCCGGUCUUUGUCCGAGCUCUGGUUUUCACGGAGGGAGAGAGAGAGAACUCAUAUGGUACCAACACUUCGGGCAUUGCAUCCCUGACCUGUGAAUGCGAUGCCGAUAACUAAUUAAGCCUCCUUAUUUAACUGUGAUGAUGUGAUUAUAUGUGUCCUAGGAAGAGAAUUCUUGACCAAAAAUGGUGAUAUGGCCGAUUCUUUUCAUGCUAAUUUUAGCAUUAACUUUUCCUUGUCGUGUACAAAUUUAUAGAAAAUUUUGCGCUAAUUACUCUAUUAUAUUAAUAAUCAGAUAGAAAACAUUUUUCUUCUUAA